UAAACGCUGUAGUUUUGUUAAUGUAUUUUUAUUAAGAAUAUUCAAAUCGAAGCUAUCGCUUUCGUGAAGAAACUUUAUUACGGAAGUUGACAGUCUUUAGCGAUGUGUUCAACAAUUUUUCUCACGUGUACGAUCGAUGAAGUUAACGCGAAUCCGACAGAUUCACUUUCGACAAAUAUUUGUAUGUAAAAAACAAAUUUUUAAAGAUGCCUUAUAAACGCAAGAAGUAUCAUAGAGGUGACACGCAUUUGAAAAAAGGUUGGAGAACGAAACGAAGAACCAAGGAUCUAGACGAGAUCGAUGAGGAUUUGAAGGGGAACGCGAAGAAUCUGCUAAAUCAGGAAGUGGAUUUUGAUAAACCCGGGGCGGCGCAACAUUAUUGUAUCCAUUGCGCGAGGUAUUUUAUAAACGAAACUGCUCUGCGCACUCAUUUUACUACCAAAGUACAUAAACGACGAUUGAAGGCACUCGAGUUAGAACCAUACAGUAUCGAAGAAUCAGAAAGGGCAGCGAGUAAGGGAAAUUAUAUUACACCGCAAAAACGAAAAAUCGAAACUGUAACGCGAGGAACUUUUAAUGAAAAAGACACAGAUGAUGCGCCAAAAGCUAAAGCUAUGAAAAUAGAUGAAUAA